AGCGGCCCCCUCGCCGGCCGCGGCGCGUUCCCCUGCGCGCGGCGAUACCCGGGGGGCGCUGGCGCCGUGGCUCGGCGGCGUGGGCGGCUCCACGUCAGAGGAGGCUUGCCCCUGGCGCGCCGGGGCGAGCGGAUGCCGCUGGAGGUGCCAGCGGCGGCCGGGGAGCAGCUCCUCGUCGUCGGCGCGGCCCAGGAGGAGUUCAUGCACGCGUCGCCGUCGUGGACGGCCUUGUCCCAGGAGCUGUUGCCGACUGCCGAGGGACUCAGCGAUACCGAGGUGAUCUUGAUCUGCUGCAUCGGCUUCGCCCUUGGGUUCGCCCCAACUGUGGCUGGCUCUCGUCAGGCUGCUCGCCGGCGGACUUUUUCCGCUGGGUGUCCGCGGCCCACACGCCGGUCGACAUGGGGUACGUGCUCGCCCUGCUCGACACGGACGGAGACGGGCAUGUGGACAAGGAGGAGAUAGCGUACGCGGCCAGGCUCAUAUUGCACGACAAGCAGAGGGAGAUCGCCGACCUGCCGCACAAGAUCGCGCAGCAGGAGCACAAGGAACAUCGCUGGAACAUGUUCUUUUCGGUCAGCAUCUUGAUCUGCGCUGGGUCGACCACCUGGUCGUACGCGGCGUUCGGAGAGGACAUGAAGCUAUUGUUGGCUUUCGUACCGUCGCUCCUUCUUGUGAUGUUCUGCUUCGUGCAGCUGAUACGCCAGCGUGCGUUGCUCUCGAGGCUGCGGAAGCGGAAGCACGACAGCAAGAUGUUCAUCCAGCACUUGAAGGGUGGCGGCAGCGAGCCGUGGCCACUUCAGCCAGCAAGGGACGCCGCGAGGGACGUCGCCAGACUGCAGGAGCCCUUCCUGCCGCGCUGAGGCGGAGGGGGCGCCCGCGCGGCGGGGGGGGCGGCCGGGCGCCGCCGUGCGCGCGGGCGGCGGGGCCGCCCUCUUGCCCUUGGGUGCGGCUGCUCCUCCCGCUGCCGUCGGCCACGUGCAAGGGGCGAGGAAUCGGAGGAGGUAUCAGAAUCUACUGGCGUGGUCGUCGACGACUUGAUCUUCGCCUGUGCUUCCUGCUUCGGCGCUGCCCGUGACACAGCCGAUCCUGCAGUGCCGGCCCACAGAAGUGGCAAGGGUUUUUUUUGCAGCCGAGGCGAAAUAAAA